UAGUCUGAGCACUGAGUUGACUUAAAGCAUCUUUUUUUUGUCAAGUUCAAUUUUAAGUUACUUUGAACUUGGUCCAAAUAUCAUUAUGGGGCUUCUUGUUGGAAUUUUAAAAAAGAUAUUAAAAUUAAUAGUAUAUUUAGCUAUUGUUGUAGCGAUAGUUCUUCUUAUUCCUAAUCUUCCGCCCUAUACAAAGUUUACAAGAAUUGACAUCGAGCCAACUCAACAAUUAGUCGGAGUUUUGGCGCCUAAUGCUGUUUUAAAUAACGCUGAACAAUUAUUUAAGGAUAAAUUACUGGGACCAGAAGCAUUCCAAAUAUAUAAUGGUGAGGUGUACACAACGCUUGCGACCGGCGAAAUAGUUAAAUUAACGUCAGGUGGCCAUGUGACCUUCGUAACCAAAAUUGGCGAACCUUGCACUGGUCUCGUCCAGGAGCACAUAUGUGGACGUCCUUUAGGAUUUGUAAUUGAUGAAAAAAAAAAAUUAAUGUAUGUAGCUGAUGCAUAUCAUGGCAUAUGGAAGGUGAAUUUAGAAACAGACAAAAAGCAACUAUUGGUUUCACCCCGAGUGCCUAUAAAUGGAAGAACACCAAAAUUAUUCAAUUCAAUAGCACUUGGUCAAAAUGGAGACUUAUAUUGGACUGAUUCUACCAGCGAUUACCAAUUAAAAGAUGGAGUGUUUAGUCUUUUCUCUGAUCCCACUGGAAGGUUAUUCCACUACAACUCUGUGAAAAAUGAGAGCAUAGUUUUGCUUGAUGACCUGUGGUUUGCCAACGGUGUUGUUACUUCCCCGGAUAACCAAUUUGUGCUGGUUGCAGAGACAAACAGAUAUAGGCUUAUGAAAUACUAUUUAAAUGGUCCAAAGAAAGGCAAAUCUGAAGUAUUUAUUGCAGGAUUGCCAGGUUUUCCUGAUAACAUACGCACCCUUCCAGAUGGUUCUGGUGUAUUGAUAUCACUGUACAACACAAUAGACGACGAAAAUCCUAUGAUUAUCAAAACAUUGGCCUCAACACCUCUUGCAAGAAAGUUCAUAGCAAGACUUGGCCACCUUGUUGAACUUCCUUUCCAGUUUCUCAGUGACCAAUUCCAUCAUCACAUCUUUGAAGAAAUUGUGUAUAAAAUUGGAAACUUCGCUACUGCUACAUUUCUGACUCCGUCAAUGUCAGGGCUUAUUCAAACAGAUUGGACUGGCAAUAUUGUUGCUUCAUACCACAACUUGGAUGGAAGUAUACCCCACAUUAGUGAUGCUAUUGUCUUUAAUGAUAAAUUAUAUACUGGCUGCCCUCACUCACAAAACUAUGUUGGUGCUGUACCAGCUCCACCACUUUUAAAGAAAGCUUUCUCUACUAACAAUCCAGCAGUCAAAGAACAACCAAAAUUAAAAGGUGAAGAAAUACCUAAAGAACCUAAACAGCAGCAAAAACCUGCUCAAAAGCAAUCGGAACCAAAGGUUGUUGAUAAAGAAUCUGAAGUAAAACCAAAAGUAGUCCAAAAGGAAGCCGAAGCCAAGCCUAAAGUAGUCACAAAAGACGCCGAAAUCAAACCAAAAGUAGCCGCGAAAGAAGCCGAAGUCAAGUCUAAAGUGGUUAAAAAAGAAGCCGAGGUCAAGACUAAAGUGGUUUCUGGCGAAGCUAUUAAGAAACCCAUUGUCACUUCCAAGGAACCUCAAGUUAAAGAACCUACGAAAAACCCUAAACCUAAACCCACAGCACCCGAAGCUAAAGCUAAAGUUGUCUCCAAAGAACAAGAUAAAAUUAAACCAGAUUCUAAAGACACUGAAACCAAAGCUAAACCAUCUAAAGAUGCUGAUCUGAAAUCGAAAACCGAAAGUAAAGAAUCAGGACAAACCAAAACUGCAAAAAAGCAAAAUACUGAAGAAAAAUCCGCUGAAAGCGUUCCGAAGCCUCCAACUAAGCCAAUACCAGUUGAAGAAAAAAUACCAUCAGAUACAGCCAAACCAAGCAAGGACACUUUAAAAGUAAUAAAGAAAAGUGGACCUCAAGAGAUCCCUCACCCUAAUGUGUAAGAAUAGGUUGUGGAUAUAAAGACUCUAUAGAAGUCUUUAUUGUAAAUAGGGAAUAUGCAAAUGGUUUUUUUUUAACAAGUACAGAGAUUUUGUUCAGAAGAAGAGGUCCAUUUUUUCAACAAAAAAGUUGAAGUUCUACAAGUUAUGUAGCAUUUUCUACAUUUGGGAGACUCACAAUCACCAUAUGUAGGUUGUAUCAACUAAAUAUUUUAUUUAUUGUAUAGUACCUCCGAUUCUAACAAAUAAUUUAAAAAAGAAGAAGCACAAUAAUAUUAUUGCAAUUUUCGAAUUAAGGAUUUUCACAUGCUGGUUGUUUAAGUAUUGUAGACUAGAUUUUCCAAUAAUGUGUUAUAAAUGUUUAGUUUUGGAAAAAUAUCCAUAAGUAUCCAUUUGUUAUAAGUGAAUAACCUAAAUUGAAUCCCACAUUUAUUUAUAAACUUACAAGCAUAUUUCCUAUUAAUUUUUAAAAGAACAAGUGGUUAUUGGUUAGUAAUUAUCUCGAAAAAUCAUCGGCUUGGGAUUAGUUUAGUUAAAUAUUUAUUGAAAAACUCCUUUUUUCCAUUCCCAUUCAUGAAUCAUUCCUUAUUUUAUAGCCUUUUUUUAUUUUGUUAAAUUUUUAUAUGUCAAUAAAUUUUACAAUUUUUUUUUAUAAGUGUGUAUUAAUUAUGAUCUCAAAUUCGUAAUGUCGAUCUAAAAAUAAUAUUUAAUUAAAUUAUCACAAUUUUAUAAAUGUUUUAUGAAAAUUCACAGUUUUUAUUUUGCCUUUUAAAAAGAUAUUGCCGAAGAUAUAGGUAUGCGUUACCAUUUAAUUAGUGCAAUUGUAAAUUAAAAAAUCUGAAUAUUAUAUCUUUAUUUUUCUAAUUAUAUACCAGAAUCUAUUUAAAAUAUAUAUUUAUGCAAAAGAAUAUAGUUUGAAAAUUUGUUAUUCCUAAUUACCAAUUUCUGUAAGUAUGACAAGCAAUAUUGUUUUCAAUAAAUCAUUUUAUUUUA